AUGAAUCUGGCAACCACACAAUCGCCAGUUUGUGUUGGUUAUGAAGGUGCAUCUCAUUUGGCUGUAGAUGGUAACAUUACAACUGAAUUUGGACAAAGCAAACCACACGCAUGCACAUGCGCUAGAGGGACAUCUUCCACAUUCUGGAGUGUUGAUCUAGGAAAACCGUAUCCACUUCACAACAUAAUAAUAUUCCAGACGAAUAGCAACCAUCACAGAUUAAUAGGACUCAGCAUUUUUGUUGAUGAAAGUCGCUGUUACCAGUGGAAGAGUAGUCCGGGUCCACCAACAGUAUUCAAUAUAACCUGUGAUAAAACAGGACAAAUCGUGAAGUUUCAGGUUCCAAGACAGGAAUAUCUUACCCUGUGUGAAGUACAGAUAUUUGUCUGUGCAGAUGGCUAUUGGGGUCAAUCGUGCAGUAACAUAUGUGGAAAUUGCAGAAUAGGAACUUCCUGUAACAAACAAGAUGGAAGUUGUACGUGUCAGAUUGGAUGGGCUCCACCGAAAUGUACAUGUACGUAUUUGUUAUCAUUACAUAAUUUAUGA